CUAUUUCACAGUCUUUUUUUUUUUAAAUUGAGAACAUCGAAAGCAACUUGAGCAAAUCAGAGGAAAUUAAAGGCACACUUCAUCGUUUCUUUUUGGGCAAAGAAGGAACAGAUAAAAAUGUCGACCCAUCAAUCUAAAGACCCUACAACAGCCACUGCCAAGGUCAAUACUGAAAACGAUACAGUGUAUGCACUACAAGCUUUGCAAAGUGAGAGCAUAAAUGGGGAAUCGAACGCCACCAAGUCUUACCCUAAACCAGAAGCCCAGUUCGAAGAAGUUGCUCGAAACGCAGAGAUUUUCUUGGAGAAGCUCAAGGGUUUUCACAGAUCAUUCGGUACCAAGUUCAAGGUACCCACUAUAGGAGGAAGGGCUCUAGAUCUACACCGCCUUUUUGUUGAGGUUACUUCCCGAGGUGGUAUUGAAAAGGUUAUUAGAGAUCGCAAAUGGAAAGAAGUGAUUGGGGUCUUCAAUUUCCCAUCAACAAUAACUAGUGCAUCAUUUGUCUUAAGGAAGUACUAUCUAUCGUUGCUUUAUCACUUUGAGCAGGUUUAUUUCUUCCGGAAAGAUGUCGCUUCUAUCUCAAUUUCAGAUCCUGUAAGCAGGAUACCAGUCAAUGGAUCAGCAGGUCUACAUGAUGACACUGCCACAAAUGAAUUUCCAGAGAGUCCUGACAUGGAACCUGGCACUUUGGUGACUGGAACCAUUGAUGCAAAAUUCGACAAUGGAUAUCUAAUUACUGUUCAUAUGGGGUCCGAGAAGCUGAAAGGUGUCCUAUACCAUACUCCUACAGAAGUAAACAUGUCCCAGGGUUCUGAUACAUCUGGUGCAUCUCCUCACCGGAACCGGAAGAGGUACCAGCAGGCAUCACGGGAUCUGGCUCGGCCCAAGCCAAACAGAAGUGGUUAUAAUUUCUUCUUUUCUGAGCAAUAUACCAGGCUAAAGCCUCUGUACCAUGGGCAAGAAAAAGCCAUCACCAAGAAAAUUGGAGUACUGUGGAGCAGACUCACAGAGGCUGAAAGACAGGUUUAUCAGGACAAAGGGUCUACAGACAAGGAGAGAUACAGAACCGAGAUGAUGGAGUACGGAUCUUCCAUUAAUACAGCUGAAGCUCAAUAAACUCCGACUCUUAGGCUAUUUAAGCUACCAUGCUUCAGGACAUCCUCCAUCUCCCCACUGUUCCCUUGUCAUCUGCUAUGUUGUUGUCAAUGUUGUUGCUGUUGUUGUGGUUUUCGUUUUUCAUUUUUCGUCUUCAUAUUUAUCUUCUUCCUUUAUAGAACUUGCCCCCACAAACUUUGAAUUUGUGGGAGGUGAAGAGAGGGAAUUCGUGUAAAAUUGUAGCGACUAUCAUGUAUCACAAUUUGGGAUUGCUGAUGCACAUUAGCAAAUAGAAUCAGGGCACCUGCAGCCCUCCUGUUGUAUCAAA